AUGCCAUCCGAAUUACUCCACCUACCCCCCCUCUACACCCUCGUAGGGCUCUACCGACUCCUCACCGACCCAUUCAUCCGCCAGCCCGUCCUGGACAAGAUCAAACAUGCUUCCGUGAGGGGUUUGGUCGUAGGUGGGAUAUACGCAGCGGGAAGUUGGAAAUUGAUGGAUUGGUUCGUCCGUCAUUUCUUGAUAGGUCAAGGAUGGAAUAUAUUCAAAUCCCACAAAGCUCUAGAAAAGGAAAGUGCGAAUGGGGUGGUAAAUGUCGGUAUUGGGAAAUUUAGUAUACCCAUUGAUAUCGUUUUAUAUACCCACUUGUUCAUCCUCUUACCUCAAAUCAGCUCUAUCCUACGUUAUUUCAUAUACAAGAACCUGAAAAUAGCAAGAUCGAGAGCGUAUUCUCUAACUGUAUCUUCGAGAGGUAAACCACAUGAGUUCUGGUCUCAGGGGUAUAUAGAAGAAUGGGCUCAGCCGCCUGCUUUACCCGGCUCAGGCCAAGUAGAUAAGAAUGGUAGAAGGAUCAGAUCAAAUACGCAAUAUAUAGAUUGGAUAUUAUGGUGGCCUACUCAACUAGUCUUGCGAAAAUACUUGUUCUUACCCCUCUCACCGCAUUUACCAUUACUCGCUCCACUCGUCAAAUCCUUCCUUCGAUCAAUAACCACGGGAGAAUACCUCCAUCAACCUUAUUUCGAUACGAAAGGAAUGAACAAUGACGAUAUUUGGAGAUGGGUAGAAGAGAGGAAAUGGGCCUAUAGGGCUUUCGGUUUUGCAGCCUCUUUGAUCGAAAGCAUACCUAUCAUAGGGUUAUUCUUCUCCAUCUCCAAUAGAGUAGGUGCAGCGAUGUGGGCAUUCGAUCUCGAAAAGCGACAACACCUCUUUUCAGCAGGUAUCAUCCAGCCCCUCCAGCCGAGUCAAGUGGGAUUUUACGGUAUGGGAAGAGUAGACGAUCUAGGUGUGGAUAUCCAAAAGGCAGAAAAGGAAAUUGAUAGGAAAUUCAGUACGAGGAAAUCAACUGGGGCAAAUGAACAAGACACUGAGCAGGAAGGGGUAUUUGAGCUGAAAGGGAAGGGAUUGGGUGUAGAGGAGAGUGGGCGAGAAAAAGUUCUGUAA